UUGGCUAAAGUUAUCAACCGUCGUUAAUCUCAGGGGCUCUUGGAUCUCCACAUAAAUCCAACAAAAAAUGAUUAAGAUUAAGGGAGGCUGGACUUUCUUCGUAAACUAUUGUUUUUUUGCUUUCCGCGUUUCAAGCAUACUCACAUUGCGUCGUUUCACGGGACAUCAUCAUCACCAUAUAGUUCCCAUCCUGUUUUUAUUGCUUUUAUUGAUCCAUGCUGUGAUUAUCGUACCGUGUAUUUCGGACAAAACAUCUGUAAGCCGAUCAAUCGCCGAAGAAAAGCGGACUGGGAAGUACUCCAGCCAAUUUCGGCACUUGAAGAAGCAUUUUGGAAAACGAAUGUAUACACAAGUCGUCCAUUUGUAAUAAAAAAAUCACUUGGCGUUUAUUUGAAGAUUUCCACAACAUGAAUCUUCCUCGUUUAGGACGAGGGAUUAUGUGGGUGGCUAAAGGACAUACCCAGUUCAUUCCAAAUAUUUUCGUUUCCAAGCCAACAUUUUAUUUUUUAACAAGACGCUUUUAAACAUUUGUUUUAAUAAACUAACACAGGAAUAGAUGAGGUGCAGUAAUCUCUAAAGUUUUUAUAUGAGGUCAAAAUCAAAUGACAUAACAUGAUGCUUGCACAAACAUUAGUCCACGACUAUUGAUGAUAUAUCACUUGAAACGAACUUCCCAUUUUAUAGCGACGACCGCAGCUGCAAUUCAACGAAUCACGAUGGCCGAUCAUGUGCGAACAUUAUUGUUCGCUGUUUUGUCAAGGAACGGGGACCGGCCUCUGACGCUUGCACAGCUCGAGGCAGAGUACAAGGAGCUCGAGGGAAAGUUUAUACCGGCGGAGGAACUGGGAUAUGCGAACGCUCUAUCACUCUUGCAGAGCAUGGAUAACGUGCACGUGUUUCAAACAAACGGUCGGACUUUUGUUAAGGCUGAGGACUGCGCUGACACUCGACACGUCGUCCAGCUAAUAAAUGCCCAAAAGAAAAAUCCCGUUAAACAGUCACCUUGGACUAUCCCGCGAAACGUGGAAGAUAACAUAUUGACGAUAAUUGCGGUUAGCCCAAAUGAAUGCUUAAUGCUUUCGCAGCUGAUGAGCCAAUACAUUCACUUCUAUCAGACCAAGCUACCGGCACCCCGUGGCCAUCUACUCGCUUGGCUUGCUACCGCAACAAAAUUCGUGGUGACGAAUGAUACUGGAAAAAGCCACGUCCUUCAGCCGAUACCCGACGUCGACGUUAAACCGUUUCGAUUUAUGGGGCAGCGACUUCAGGCUCAGAUGUCACGGAUACAGCAUCGGCCGCCUCCACAGUCGACAGUAGCCCCAAGAAUUAUGCCAGCACGUCUGCAACGAAAAAAGACAGACUGGCCAAUCACUCCUCGAUUACCCUCAGUCGAUCAAAAUACGACAGAACCUGAAAAAGAACUGACGAUAGCGAUCCAGAAGCCUAUAGACAACAAAACCGUCACGCUAAGCCCGCCUGCGGCUAAAAAGGAAGUCGACAAAGAGCCAAAGACAACUGUACCCUCGUUUGAUAAAGCGUUUUAUACUGAUGCAAGUACAGAAGAUGGAAAUUCCUGUCCUCCUUUGGCUCCCUCAGUCCAAAAUGAGCCAUCAGAUCCCCCAACAAAACCACAACGUCCCUACAUGGUACGUCCCGCGUGCUUCGAACAUGCUAGGCUAGAAACAGAAGAGAACCGAGAGCAGCUUCAUAAUAGACAGCUGCCUAAAACGUCGCGACCAGAGAGCACAUGCUUUUCUACGAACCCACUGGCAUCAGUGCCAUCAUCGUGCAACAUUACCGUGACCUUGCCCACUUCAACCCAGCCACUUAACGCUUCAUGUGAUUUUUCAAGACGAACUUCUAGUUUAGUUGCCAACACAGUUCGUCGUGAGGUAGUUCGCGCCGUUUCACUAAAUGAAAGGUUGGGUCGUCUGAAACUCGAUUCAUCCGCAGAAGGUUCCAUGGAGAGUAAAGGUGAUUUAACAGAUGAAGCAAGUGUUUCCAUUGAGCAAACUCAAAUGUGGCCUAUCAAUCCCCUGGAUAGUGCUGAGACCUCUAUUAUCAAAGAAUGGCAAAAUCAUUCUCAACCUCCCGCAGUUAUAUCUAGUAAACCAAGUGAUAACGUUUUACCGAGCGUGCCGAAUGAUUUGGUUGCCUCCACAUCAACAGGGACACAGCCCGAUACGCUUCCGCAGUGGAUUGUUGACUGGGCAAUAAAGUCUAAAGUAGCCCUUAGUAGUACCCACCUAGCGCAGCAGAUAAACCCAACCAGAUGUUUGAUAGGCACAACAUCUGACCCAGACGGUGGCGCUGUAGUAGAACAGGUUGAGUCGGUGCUUUCUUCUACUCCAGCUUCUCUGAUAAACCUAGUAACUUCGUUAUCUUUAUCUUCGACAAGUUCUACAGUUUCGAAACCUGCAAAUGUGAGCAGUGAUCCGCCGUCCCUAGUAUUUAGAGUUGAUUGCACAGAGCAGGUUGCUCAUGAGGAAGAUGCCCGACCCGUGAAACAGAUGCUCAAUGUCCCACUUGCACAAGUCGAAAAAGGGCAGCUAGAGCAGGUUGCUCAUGAGGAAGAUGCCCGACCCGUGAAACAGAUGCUCGAUGUCCCACUUGCACAAGUCGAAAAAGGGCAGCUAGUUUUGUCACAUAGUAAUAAGCCUGUGCAAGAAAUAUUAGGGCUUUCGCUUGAGAAAUUCCUCAAUCUAGUUUCUCUCUUGCGAGAAAAUCCGCCAGUGCCCGAAACACUUAUAGCCGACUUAUACUGGGCAGCCUACAACGAGGAGCUCUUUAGUAAAGAUAGUUGUGAUGAACUUAUUAAGUCUUUGAUAGAUCAGGGGGUUCUAGUUAUUGAACUGGGUGCCACCGUAACUAUAGCGGCACACAUGCUACCCGCAGCAGGAUACCUCAUGAGAGUGAAAUUGAAACAAGAUGUACUUCUACACUUAGAGAAGGCGUAUGGCAAAGUGGAAGGCUCAGACAGCUUUGGGUUUAAGCUAAUACCAAUAAGAAAGUGCGUUGAUGUGUCAGCCUUAAUACGUGUAAACGACGAAGUCUUGCAGGAUCAACCCUACAUCUGUGUGAAACAGAACCAGCAAGACGUCGUUGUCGCUAUACAACGCGUUAGUUCUCCUGCAGCAACUGGUUGCUUUUGGCAAGUACGCACCGAGGCUGGGGCUUACAAAAUUGUGCAUGAGAAGUUCUUGUUUAAGCUCGAGGGCAGUGGUAUCGUGGCUCCUGCAGAUCCACUGAACGCUUGGGCUGCUGGAAAAAGACCUGCAAAUGGAGAUACUGUUUCUGUGAAGAUAUUGAAGCGUACCGCUAACGGACUCGCGAUUUGUUGUCUUGCCGGCGAACAAUUGUACUCGGUAUAUGUGCUUCGCAAUCCACCCUCAACAUCGCUAAUCCCGGUUAGUGUUUUGCGCUGGGGCGGCCAAUCUUACCUGCUGGACUUCAGCGCGACUGCGCUUGGCGUUGAAACCCAAGGCAGAAUUCCCCUUCGGUGUAUGAAGUACGCCGACGUCCUCAUCGAGUUUAUCGGACGGCAUGGCAUCAGCCCUAAUUCAUACGUCGUGAGCGUACUUGAUGUGAUCGAAGUACUCGCACAGCGAGGAGUAGAUGAGGGUCUCAUUACAGAUUUGAUUCGCGUAUAGGUAAUGAAUAGAUUAUUAUCGCUAGUAUCGUUGCGUGUUUCUAAAAUGUAGCAAAGUUUAGGUAAAAAUGAAUUAUUGAAAAUCGCUAAGCCGUGUCCUUUGUUUACAGUAACUAAUAGACGAAUAAAAUAAAUGGUUCAUAUAGCUUUUGUUAUACAUCAUAGAUACAUGUUACACAUCACAUGCAAGAAAAGCAUGUACGUAUUUGCGUUUAAAUGAUGAUGGUGCAAUUUAUCUAACCAUAUAGAAACGUAUUGUAGCGGUUAUAAAAAUAAAAAAUUUGUGUAAAUAAGCCAUGAUGAUGAUGAUGAUGUAAUUUAUCUAACCAUAUAGAAACGUGCUGUAGUGAUUAUAAAAAUAAAUGAAUAUUGUGUAAUUUAAGCCAUGAUUAUUAA